AUUAGGGCGGGUUAUAAGGGCCGGCGCCCGCCGCUGCCCCGCGCUGCCGCGAUGGACCCGCCACUGGGCCCCGCGUGCGUCUUCCUGCGCAAGGGCAUCGCCGAGAAGCACCGGGAGCGGGAGCUGGGCGCCGACGAGAUCGACGAGCUGCGGGAGGCCUUUGCGGAGUUCGACAAGGACAAGGACGGGCUGAUCGGGGCCAAAGAGCUGGGCCAGCUCAUGCGCACCAUGGGCUACAUGCCCACCGAGAUGGAGCUCAUCCAGCUCUCGCAGCACAUCGCCGUGAGCCUGGGCGGCCGCGUGGACUUCGAGGACUUCGUGGAGCUGAUGGCGCCCAAGCUGCUGGCGGAGACGGCCGGGAUGAUCGGGCUGCGGGAGAUGCGCGACGCCUUCAAGGAGUUCGACGCCAACGGGGACGGGGCCAUCACGCUGGCGGAGCUGUCGCAGGCCAUGCAGCGCCUCAUGGGCGAGCGCCUCACGCCCGGCGACAUCCGCGCCGUCGUCACCGAGGCCGACGUGAACGGCGACGGCACCGUGGACUUCGAGGAGUUCGUCAAGAUGAUGUCGAGCUGAGCCCGCCCGCUGCAGGGACGGGGCAGCCCCAGAGCCGCCGCCCCCGCCGCCCCCCGCCCCCUGCACCCCGCUCCCCCCGCACCCCCCCGCACAAUAAACGUCUCCC